ACUUAUUUUCGUUCUGUUCUGUGAAAAAGAGUGUUAAAUUGUUAAAUAGUUUUUUUAUCAGUGUUAUUUAUUUAUAAAUCAGUGUUAAUUAAAAUAAUUUAAAUAAUAUUAAAGAAAUGCCAAAAACAAAGAAGGGUAAAAGAGUUGAAGAAAUGGAAUCGUCUCGAGAAGAAGCUGCAGCUAUGAGUACACAAUCGGAAAGUGAACCCAAUUCAUCAUCUGAAGAAGAAGAAGAAGAAGAAGAUGGAGAUGAUGAAGAAGAAGAAACAGAAGCUACACCAAUUGUUCAGAAAUCUAAAAAAAUGAAAGGAACAUUAACAGCAAAAAAAAUGUCGCCAGUAAAAAAUAAUAAGAAAAAGGUAACAUCAGUUUCAAUAAGUCAUAAAAAGUCGCACGCUACAUCACACUCAUCAAAUCUUAGAAAAAAAAAGAAGAGUAUUGUAUCAUAUAGCAUCUAUAUUCACAAAGUACUAAAACAGGUCCAUCAAGACAGUACGAUUUCAGUCAAAGCCAUGAAUAUAAUGAACGAUUUUAUGGUAGAUAUUUUUGAAAGGCUCGCAACGGAAGCUGGCAGUUUGUGUAAAAAAAUUAAAUCUAAAACAAUUGGUUCACGUGAAAUGCAAACGGCAGUACAAUUCAUUUUACCGGGAGAAUUGGCAAAGCACGCCAUGAGUGAAGGCAAUAAAGCUUUACAAAGUUAUAAAAAUUCUUGUUAAAAAAAGUUUAUUUAUUUUUGUUCUUACUUUUGUUGUGUUUAUUAAAGUUAAUUAACUAGAUUUCAUAUUCCUAUUCUAAAUAUGUACGGCUAUAAACAAAAUUAUUUCUUUAAUUUUUAUAAAUGUUUAUUAUUUAUUUAUAGUCAUAUUACUUUAAUUAAGUUGCAUAAAAUUAUUAAUGUUUAUUAAUUCAUCAAAAAAUGGCCCUUUUCA